AUGGACUUUCUAAAGCCUGCUACUGUUCUCGACCUGAAGAAUAUCCGCGAUGAGUUGGUAAAGAUGGAAGAUACCAUCAUUUUCAAGUUCAUCGAGAGGUCUCAUUUCCCAACAUGCCCCACAGUUUACAAAGAAAACGACCCUCAUUUACCCAUUCCUGACUUCGAAGGCAGCUUUCUUGAUUGGGCUCUGAUGCACUCGGAAAUGACUGAUUCACAGAUUAGACGUUUUGAGUCCCCAGAUGAGACGCCUUUCUUCCCAGAUAAGAUCUUGAAGCCCAUUCUCCCUAGCAUUCAGUAUCCCAGAGUCCUGGCGUCGUAUUCUCCGGAGGUGAAUUUUAAUAACGAAAUCAAAGAAGUGUACAUCAAUCAAAUAACUCACCUGAUUUCUAGGUACGAUGGCGAGAGUUGGGAAAAUUUUGGCUCAGUAGCUACGAUAGAUAUCCAAUGCCUACAAAGUCUCAGCAGGAGAAUUCAUUUUGGAAAGUUUGUAGCGGAGGCCAAAUUUCAAGCUGACCGCCCAUUGUAUAUCAAAAUGAUCCAGGAGAAGGACAUCGACGGCAUUUAUAGGAACAUUACGAAUAGUGCAGUUGAGGAGAAAAUCCUUGAAAGACUGCGCGUGAAGGCGGAGGUAUACGGAGUUGAUCCUACAAACAAGGCUGGCUAUCGGAAGAUCACUCCUGCAUACCUUGUGGAUAUCUACAAGAAGUUGGUAAUUCCAUUAACCAAGAAAGUCGAGGUAGAUUACUUGUUGCGCAGAUUAGAAUGUGAGUAA